AGGUCUUAGGUCUGGUCUCAUGGUGAAGAGACUGCCCUAAUAAAAAGCCUCCUUUUCCUUCUCCUUCUCCUUCUCCUUCUCCUUCUCCUCCAAAAAUCCCUUUUUUUCUUCCACAUUUUCCGCAAGAAAUCAAAUUUAUUAAGUACAAGAAAGAUAGAGAACAAACAGAGAGAAAAUGGGUUAUGAAUCAUCACUCCUCUCCUGCGUCUUCUUCCUCCUCUUCUUCUAUUCUCCUCUGCUUCUGUACUCCCACGGAGUUCCUUCGCCGAUCAAUCUUCAGGGCUUGAGCGCGCUUUCAUUCGAAGAUGGCUAUACGCAGCUCUUCGGCGACAGCAAUCUCAUGCUUCUGCGGGAUGGAAAGACUGUUCAUAUCUUGCUGGAUGAGAGAACUGGUGCUGGAUUCGCUUCUCAGGAUCUCUAUCUCUAUGGAUUCUUCAGCGCAUCAAUAAAGCUUCCUUCAGAUUACGCGGCGGGCGUCGUCGUCGCCUUCUACAUGUCGAAUGGAGAUGUGUUCGAGAAGAACCAUGAUGAGUUGGAUUUUGAGUUCUUGGGGAACAUCAGAGGAAGAGAAUGGAGAGUUCAGACCAACGUUUAUGGAAAUGGCAGCACCGGGUUCGGAAGAGAGGAGCGUUAUGGGCUCUGGUUUGAUCCCACUGAAGAUUUCCACAACUAUUCCAUUUUAUGGAGCAAAAACCGGAUCUUAUUUUAUAUUGACAACGUCCCUAUAAGGGAGGUGGUGAGAACUGAAGCCAUGGGAGGUCAUUUCCCUUCCAAACCCAUGUCUCUCUAUGCCACAAUUUGGGAUGGCUCCAACUGGGCUACUUCCGGAGGCCGCUAUAAGGUCAAUUACAAGUAUGCUCCUUAUAUCGCGGAAUUCACCGACCUUAUCCUCCAUGGCUGCGCCGUCGAUCCCAUCGACCACCUCUCCACAUGCCGGGGGAACGAAACAGAGCUCUAUGACUUCACCACAGUGACAUCUGAGCAAUUCUAUGCAAUGAAGAAGCUAAGGAGGAAGCACAUGACCUACUCUUACUGUUAUGAUGGUGAGAGGUACCCGGCAACGCCGGCCGAGUGCUCGGUGGAUUCCCAUGAGGCCGAGCAAUUCGAGGGUGCGGGAAGUGGGCGGUCUGGUCACCGGCGACGCCGCGGCAAGAAUCAUCAUCGGGCGGUGAAGACCAUGGCCAUCGCCAUGGCCUCAAAGGAAAUGACACUCUUUUAAGUAGAAAUAAUUGAGAAUUGGUUGUUUGAAGAAAUUUGAAAAGUUAUUGGGGUUGAUUGGUGAUUAUUUUGUGAAUCAUUUAAGGGAGGUGUAUAGGUGCAAGAAAUUUGAAAAGUUUAUUGGAUAUAUCAUCUUUGUUUGGAUCCUUAUAUAUACAUGGAGAGGCAGGGACUUUUAAUUCA